AAACUAUCAAACCCCUAGUAUCUUCCCUAAUUGAAUAUUUCAUAUUAAAAUUCUUGAGCGCAUAAAAACAACGAAUAUAUAAAAGAAAUAACAGAAAUUUAUCAAAAGUUCGGAGUUAAUAUUUAACUCUUCCGAAAAAUUAUACCUAUUUUAUAAAGUCGAAGGGUCUUCUAUAUAACCCGACGUUAAGCGAACUCCGUGUUGUGAAUCUAAACCGUCAGCUGCACCGCCGCCACAAUGGGUAAAAAGAGUUCAAAAUUGAAACAAGACACCAUCGAUCGUCUAACGACAGACACAUAUUUCACAGAAAAAGAAAUUCGACAAUGGCACAAAGGAUUCCUGAAAGACUGUCCAAAUGGUUUACUCACAGAGCAAGGUUUUAUUAAAAUCUACAAACAAUUCUUCCCGCAAGGAGAUCCCAGUAAAUUUGCUUCGCUGGUGUUUCGAGUUUUCGACGAGAAUAAUGAUGGUUCAAUAGAAUUUGAGGAAUUCAUACGCGCCCUAUCCGUGACAUCGAAGGGAAACUUGGAUGAAAAAUUACAAUGGGCCUUCCGGUUGUACGAUGUUGACAAUGACGGUUACAUAACACGCGAGGAAAUGUACAAUAUUGUGGAUGCCAUAUAUCAGAUGGUGGGCCAACAACCGCAAUCGGAGGAUGAGAAUACGCCGCAGAAACGUGUUGACAAAAUUUUCGAUCAAAUGGAUAAGAAUCAUGAUGGUAAAUUAACAUUAGAAGAAUUUCGUGAGGGUAGUAAAGCUGAUCCACGUAUAGUUCAGGCGUUAAGUUUAGGUGGUGGUUAAGACAAUUAAAGUAAACGAACGAACGCAAACGAACAGUAAACCUACAUUAAAAUUAAUAGCAUGCAUACUUAUACAUAACAAAAAAAAAGGACUUUUUAGGACGAGGACAGCGACAGCGCGCUGAGGGCAGUUUAUAAGAUAAAACAUUUACAUAAAUAAAAGUUUAGCUACAAUAGUUUGUUAUACAUCUUACGAAGUCGGGGUUUUUAUAUUAGAUCGAAUAAGAAUUUUGGAAGAAAAAUUGGUUUGGGCAGUUGAAUAACCGUAAAAAGCGAAAUUUUCAAGCGAAUAUGUGUGAAUGUCCUGCUGAAGAGAAAAAAGCGAGCUAAGAAAUUCUUUUUUUCGCAACCCAAGCUAUUUUCAAUACUUUAAACGAAUUUAACUUCGUUUUCGUUUCAAUACUUCUUACUACAACAAUUAAGUACUUGGCACUUUUUAAAAAAAAAAAACUUUUUAUUCGAAGCAUAGAUUAAAAAUAAAUACUCAAAAGCA